UGAGCUAAUCCCUCUGACCGCCACAAGAACUCGCUAUCUCUGAUCUGCGAUGGCGAUGGCAAUGGGGUUUGCUACCCCAAUCAAGUUCAAGGCCAGCUCUAUCAUCAAUAACAUCGAUCACUACCAUGCGCUUGAUGCAUCGUAUGUGAAACGCGCCGCCGAGUUAUCUGACAAGUCAGCCGGUUUCACCUCGCCGCAUCCUAACUUCGGUUGCGUGAUAGCAACAACCAGCAACUUGAGGAAUGUUGUCGGAGAAGGAUAUCUUUACGCGCAAGGGACGAAGCCGGCGGAGGUUCAGGCGGUGGAGGCCGCUGGAGAGUAUUGCAGAGGCGCCACUGCUUAUGUCAAUAUGGAGCCCGGAGACUGCGAUGGCGAUAACACCGCUCUAUCUGCUUUUAUUCAGGCAGGGAUCACCAGAGUUGUAAUCGGGAUCAGGCAUCCAUUGCAACAUCUACGGGGAAAAGCUAUUCAGGCAUUGAGAAGUGAAGGAUUGCAGGUUGAUGUUCUUGGGGAAGAUUUAAGAAGUGUCUCCAUGGAGGAUGCUCUGAAAUCCUGUCUCCUUGUCAAUGCCCCUUUGCUAUAUAGAUCAGCUUCUCGAGUCCCAUUCUCUGUUCUCAAGUAUGCAAUGACCCUUGAUGGAAAAAUUGCUGCUAGCAGCGGACAUGCAUCAUGGAUAAGCAGCAAAAAAUCAAGAUCACGAGUUUUUGAGUUACGUGGUAGAAGCGAUGCAGUCAUUGUUGGUGGAAAUACUGUACGCAAAGAUAAUCCGCGUUUAACUCCAAGACAUGGUGGUGGGCAUUUACCUAUGCGAAUCGUUAUGUCCCAAACUCUUGAUCUUCCCGAGGUUGCAAAUCUUUGGGAUGUUACAGAAGUGCCCACCAUAGUUGUCACUCAGAGAGGUGCAAGAAGAAGCUUCCAGAAACUUCUUGCCUCUAAAGGUGUUGAAGUGGUGGAAUUUGACAUCUUGAACCCUAAAGAUGUUGUGGACUAUCUUUAUGAUCGGGGGUAUCUUUCAAUCUUGUGGGAAUGUGGAGGGACAUUAUCGGCAUCAGCUAUUUCCUCUGGUGUCAUACACAAGGUGCAUGCUUUUGUUGCCCCUAAGAUAAUUGGUGGAAGGAAUGCGCCUUCACCAGUUGGGGAACUUGGGAUGGUUGAAAUGACACAGGCUUUGGAACUAAUUGAUGUUUCUUAUGAGCAGAUAGGAGCGGAUGUGCUUAUUAGUGGAUUUCUGCAACCCAUUCCUGAUUUGACACCUGUUAUUCCAUCUGUUGAUGAGACUUCAGCAAUUGAUCCAUCUUUGUCUCCUUAUGAUUCACCAAUCAUGUUCUUCUAUAAGACGUGGGACCCGUACGGGAGUUUCUCAAACUUUUCUCCUCAUCCAAUUAGAAUGCUUGAUGAAAGCGGUGAUUAUGUUACUUGGUCAAGUGUAGAGCACUAUUAUCAGGCACAUAAGUUUGUGGGGUCGAUUGAUCCUAAUGCAAGAAGUUAUAUUGAAGAAAUAUUUUUGGCAAAAAGUCCCGAAGAAGCAGCACGAAUGGGAAGAAAAAUGCAAAGGGAGCACCCUCAUAUGGUAAGGGCAGACUGGGAAAGUGUGAAGACAGAUGUGAUGUACACAGCAUUAAAAUGCAAGUUUUCAAUAUACCCACACUUGAAAUCGAUGCUUCUGUCCACUGUGGGUUGUGUGCUUGUUGAAGCUUCUCCUCAUGAUCUGUUUUGGGGUGGAGGUCGUGAUGGUGAAGGCCUUAAUUAUUUAGGCCGGUUGCUGAUGAAGUUAAGAUCUGAAUUUGUAGAUGGUGAUGAUGAUGAUGAUGAUGAUGAUACACAUAAGCCCCCUGAAUUCUCUACUAGUUGCCAGGAAACCUAAUCAUAUAUUAUACGUCCUACUACCUCACCAUCUUUAAAAUGGUGUUUUGUGCUUGUAUUUUUAGUGUAAGUUAAAAUACAUUUAUGUACAUUGUAUUUCUACCAAUUCACCAAGUAUGUAGUAAGUAGUCUUUUUAUGAGUUAUGUAAGAUGUUGAAUGUCACAAGCUAUAAUGGAUAAGAGCCACACCAGGGUGUCUAUUUACAGAUUGAAAC